AUGCGUACUGGAGGAGACCAGCAGGCGGCAAUACUGGAAGUGACAACGAGCGGGGUACUGCAGGCAUUUCCUGUAUCAUAUAAGUCACCUUGGGAUUGCCAGCUAUUAUCUGAUAAUAGUGAUACGAGACCACCGGCGCGGUCUGGUGGUCUGCCAGCACGGUCGCAAGCAUCACCUGAAUCCCGGGAGCAACCCCCGGAGCAGCCACAGCUAGCACGUCAGCAACGCCAUCAGCAGCAACAGCAGCAACAGCCUUCGUGGACAAGCAUGGACCGCAGCAAAGCACUAACACAUGGAUCCACUGCAUUCUCGAUGGCAAUGAUGCAGCAACAACAGCAGCAGCCGCAACAACAGCAGCAGCAGCAACAACAGCAGCAGCAGCAGCAGCAUCAGCAGCAGCAGCAUCAGCAGCAGGCGCAACAACAGCAGCAGGCACAACAACAGCAGCAGGCGCAACAACAGCAGCAGGCGCAACAACAGCAGCAGGCGCAACAACAGCAGCCAGCAGCUGCAACUACAGCAGCAGGCGCAACUACAGCAGCAGCAUCCAAAACAGCUGCAACAUCAGCAGCUGCAACAUCAGCAGCUGCAACAUCAGCAGCUGCAACAUCAGCAGCUGCAACAUCAGCAGCUGCAACAUCAGCAGCUGCAACAUCAGCAGCUGCAACAUCAGCAGCUGCAACAUCAGCAGCUGCAACAUCAGCAGCUGCAACAUCAGCAGCUACAACAUCAGAAGCUGCAGCACCCUCCCUUACCACAUCAGCAGCUACAACAUCAGAAGCUGCAGCACCCUCCCUUACCACAUCAGCAGCUACAACAUCAGAAGCUGCAGCACCCUCCCUUACCACAUCAGCAGCUACAACAUCAGAAGCUGCAGCACCCUCCCUUACCACAGCAGCAGCUACAACAUCAGAAGCUGCAGCACCCUCCCUUACCGCCACCAGGGAUUGGCAGCAAUCUAUACCGGUCACAAUAUGGUAA